AUGCUGAUAAAAACAAAACCGGGAAAUAUCGGUGUUUUUUCUGUAAUUGUUUUCUCUUUUACCUCUUAUUCUCUGAUUUUCAAUGGAGAAUGGCUUUGUUGACUGUCACUGUCACAUAUCAGCAAAUGAGUUUGAGGAGGAUCUGGAGGAAGUGAUCAAGAGGACCAGAGAGGUAAAUAGAAUCAGUUCCCCUGAUGGAAAAAGUUCUUCACAGGCCGGUGUGAAGACUUUGGUUGCCGUUACAGAAGAAGUUGGAGAAUUUUCCCGAGUUCUCCAGCUGCAGGACAGCUAUCCAGAUCUGGUUGCUCCAUGUUUUGGCGUCCAUCCUCUGCAGGCCAGCGGGGGGCCUCAGCAACGCAGCGUGAAGCCUCAGGAUUUGGAUGCUGCCCUGCCACAGUUUUACGACCACAAAGAGCGCCUUGUUGCUAUUGGAGAGAUUGGUUUGGAUUUCACUCCGUGGUGUGCCCCCACUCAGCAGGACAGAGAUGACCAAAUGAAUGUCUUCAUUAAACAGCUCAGCAUCGCCAAGGAGCUGGACCUACCUGUGAACGUCCACUCCCGAUCAGCAGCUAAGGUCACCAUAGACACCAUGAGAGAACAAGGUAUCAGCCGAGCUCUGCUUCAUAACUUUGCGGGGAAGCCGUCUGUUGCUCUGGAAGGUGUGAAGGCUGGUUAUCUUUUCUCUUUCCCUCCUGCUGUCUGCAGGAGUCAACAGAGAAAAAAGCUAAUCAAGCAGAUCCCACUGGAGCACAUCUGUCUUGAAACUGACUCUCCUGCACUGGGUCCUGACAAACACGUGAGGAAUGAGCCCAGUAAUAUCACUCUGUCUUGCCACUAUAUCGCUGACGUCAAAGGUCUGUCGCCACAAACCGUCCGGCUCGUCACUGCACAAAAUGCGUACAGACUUUUCCCCAAGGCCAACAGGUGCACAUCUGACAUGUAGGUGCAUUGUCUGUGCCUUUUGUUUAUGAAAUGAAAUGUUGAAGAAGCUAGUGGUUGUAGAUAUAAAGUCAAGAAAUCAAAUGUCAUUAGGAUCAGUCCUAAUCACAAAUCUGUGUCAAAUUCUUCAGAAAUUGUGACAAUAGUCUUCUGGAUCUUUGUUUUGAACGGAUGGAUUGAUGAGGAGUGAAAUGUCAUAAGCAGGACAGUGUGUAGGAGUUCAUUUUAAAGACUGUUUUUAAGAUAUCAUGCAUAAAGACCAGUGAAUGUUUGCA